CGUUGAAAAUUUGAAGGGUCGAAGGAACCCCAGAUCUCACGCGCAGCCGUUUUCCAUGCCUCUACCUGCGCCAGAAUUAAGCUACCUUAUUCUCAAUUUCUUUUUUUCCAGAAUUUAUAAAAAACGAUUUUUCUUUUACCUUGGUCAAUUCAUGGAGCCGUGCCGGUGGUAUUAGAUAUUACUGCGGCCACACGUUUACCGGGAGAUGGUAACUUUUGGUUUAGAAGGUUUAUAUAUAUAAUUCAACACGCAAGCCGAAGGAUUGUGUGUUUCCUGAUUGUUUUCUGUGAAGGCUUCGAAAUUUGACGGAAUGGGCAGCAUCGAUUGGAAGUUAGCAGAUCAUCCAAAGCUUGAGAAGGGGAAGCCCUUGGCUGUCAUUAUUUUGGACGGAUGGGGCGAAGAGAAGCCCGAUCAAUACAACUGUAUUCAUGUUGCCGAGACACCGACAAUGGAUUCGCUCAAGAAGGGAGCUCCAGAGAAAUGGAUGCUGAUUAAAGCACAUGGACCUGCAGUUGGACUCCCUACGGAAGAUGACAUGGGAAACAGUGAAGUUGGGCAUAAUGCCCUUGGAGCUGGGAGGAUAUUUGCUCAAGGGGCUAAAUUAGUAGAUUAUGCUCUUGAAUCGGGAAAACUCUACAAUGGGGAAGGGUUCAAGUACAUCAAGGAAUGCUUUGAAACAGGCACACUUCAUUUCAUUGGCCUUUUGAGUGAUGGUGGUGUUCAUUCACGAUUAGAUCAGUUGCAGUUGCUUUUGAAAGGGUCUGCUAGGAAUGGUGCCAAAAGAAUCCGGGUGCAUAUCCUCACUGAUGGUCGUGAUUGUCUUGAUGGAUCUAGUGUUGGUUUUGUUGAGACAUUAGAAAAGGAUCUUGCUGAGUUAUGUAAAGAGGGCGUUGAUGCACAGAUUGCCUCUGGUGGUGGUCGCAUGUAUGUCACAAUGGAUCGUUAUGAGAAUGAUUGGGGUGUAGUCAAGCGAGGCUGGGAUGCACAGGUUUUGGGAGAGGCGCCCUAUAAAUUUAAGAGUGCAGUGGAAGCUGUCAAAAAACUUAGACAAGAACCUAAAGCUAGUGAUCAAUACCUGCCUCCCUUCGUCAUAGUAGAUGAAAAUAAUAAAGCAGUUGGGCCCAUUCUCGAUGGAGAUGCGGUAGUAACCAUCAAUUUUCGUGCAGAUCGUAUGACUAUGGUUGCCAAAGCAUUCGAAUAUGAAGAUUUUGACAAGUUUGAUCGAGUUCGAUACCCCAAAGUUCACUAUGCAGGAAUGCUUCAGUAUGAUGGAGAAUUAAAGCUUCCAAGUCGUUAUCUUGUUAAUCCACCAGAUAUUGACAGAACAUCUGGAGAAUAUCUAGUCCAUAAUGGUGUACGAACAUUUGCAUGCAGUGAAACUGUAAAGUUUGGUCAUGUUACUUUUUUCUGGAAUGGUAACCGGUCAGGAUGUUUUAGCAAGGAGCUAGAAGAAUAUGUAGAAAUACCAAGUGAUUCAGGGAUUACAUUCAAUGUACAGCCAAAGAUGAAAGCUUUAGAAAUUUCUGAGAAGGCAAGAGAUGCCAUUUUGAGUCGAAAGUUUGAUCAGGUUCGUGUAAACCUACCCAAUGGUGACAUGGUGGGACAUACUGGUGAUAUCGAGGCAACAGUUGUUGCGUGUAAAGCUGCUGAUGAGGCCGUCAAGAUGAUUCUUGAUGCAGUAGAACAAGUUGGUGGAAUCUACCUUGUAACUGCAGAUCAUGGGAAUGCUGAGGAUAUGGUGAAAAGAAACAAAACAGGAAAACCACAGCUUGAUAAAGAUGGAAAUAUCCAAAUUCUUACUUCUCAUACUUUAUCUCCUGUACCGAUUGCCAUUGGAGGUCCUGGACUGAAGGAAGGAGUUAGGUUCCGAAAUGAUUUGAAACAGCCUGGGCUUGCAAAUGUGGCGGCCACUAUGAUUAAUCUUAUGGGAUUUGAGGCACCCAGUGACUAUGAACCAACAUUGAUUGAAGUUGUCGAAAACUGAUUUCUGAUUCAGAAUUGUGGCACAAAUCUAAUAAAAAAAUUGCCAUUUUUUUGAUGGUUAAAGAAGACAAUCGCUCACCAAGAGUAUCUACAGUUGAUUGGAUCACUCUGGUUUCUUUUUGUAGCUUUUUAUUGCUGAAGUCAAAGCAAUUAUUUAAGCAAUAAGCCAUAAAGAUGUUUUUGAUGUCAAUUAAUAUGAAGAGAUUAUGCAUUUGAUGGGGAUUAUUUAUUGUUUGUGGUCUUCUAAAAUUUCAUCCUACAUUUUACAGCAAGUCCAUGUAGCCAAAUGACAAUUGUUCCCAAGGAAAAUCUUUAUAACAGUUUCAUGUUUCCAAAUAACAAUUAUUACUAAGA